AUGCCUCGUCCCCCUAACGGUUCUAAUCCCUUCAAAAUAUCCCUCCCAGAGGCCCGAGACUUGCACGAACAGAAUGACGAUAUGGUCUCAACCCCCAUUUCAAUAGCGAACGUACCUUCGCUCUGGGGAGUUCCACUGAAAUAUAUUUCUUUGGUUACGCUGGCCGUCCAGAACUCUCUAUUAACGAUCAUUAUGCACUACUCGAGGGUGUCCAUUCCAACUUCGCGCACGUACUCCGCCGCAACGGCAGUUCUCAUGAAUGAGAUAUUGAAAGGCUCAAUAUCAUUAUUGAUAGCAUUCUGGCGAGUGGAUUUGGGAAAUGUACUCAUCAAUUUUGAUGGUCAGCGAGAAGGCGGCUGCCGACGGAUGGCGUUGGCAAAAAUCAAAAGAUUAGGACGGGAAGUCUUUAGCGCAGAUUGCUGGAAACUGUCAAUACCUGCCAUUCUCUAUGUGAUCCAGAACAAUUUGCAAUACGUUGCAGCUUCCAACUUGGAUGCAGCCACUUUCCAAGUUAGCUAUCAGAUGAAGAUAUUAACAACUGCAGGUUUCUCUGUACUUUUACUUCGCAAGAAACUCACGUCCACGCAAUGGUUCUCCCUAUUAUUCCUUGCUAUUGGUGUCGGAAUUGUCCAAAUCCAGUCUGGUGCUGCGCAGCAAAGACUUUCUCCUGACGCGCACAUGAUGGAUGCUAUGCGGGGAUUCAUUGCCGUGGUCGCUGCCUGCUUCACUUCGGGUCUUGCGGGCGUCUAUUUCGAAAUGGUCCUAAAAAAUUCGCAAGGGGAUCUCUGGGUUCGAAACGUCCAGCUCUCCCUGUUUUCCCUCCUUCCGUGCAUCGUGCACAUCCUGUUUUCGCAUGAAUCCCAACCUGUUGCAUUCGGAUCUCCAGGAUGGUUCAGGGGUUUAUUUGCCAACUUUGGGCUCUGGGCGUGGGGCACAGUGCUGGUGCAGGUUUUAGGGGGUUUAGUGACGGCCAUGGUUAUCAAGUAUUCCGACAACAUCUUGAAAGGUUUCGCGACGAGUCUGAGCAUUGUCAUGUCCUUCCUCGCAUCAGUCGCACUGUUCGACUUACGCAUGACCUGGACCUUCGUGAUUGGAUCAGUUAUCGUUCUUAACGCAACCUGGAUGUACAAUCAACCUGCCAAGCGUUUUGGUCUUAUGACUGGACGUGAUAUCAAGGGUUGGGGUUCAAUUUUGAAUGAGAAGUGGAAGGGUGAUGUUCCUUUACGGUCUCCGUAUGUUACGCCGGUGUAUGGAGCAGGAGUGGUAUCAUCCACCGGAUCCCGUACCAGCUCAUAUAUCUCGCUGUCCUCUUUAUCGUCCUCCCCCGAUUUAGAAGAGAAGAUAAUUCUGCGAUAA